CUAUCACCUGUGGUUGGUUGUUUGUUACCUGUGUCCAAUAUCCAUACAAUUCAGUUCACAACCAAUGUGUUUGGUUAUACAGUGGCCUGUGUUAAAGCCUUUCUUUUGUUGCUGAACAUCCUCAAAAGAACUAAGGAUGGCACCAGGAAAGGUGCCGUCUCAGGUGAACCAAAAUAACAGAACACAACGGUUUCCGUCGCUGAGAAAAUGUGCAUCUAUGUCUGUCUGUCUGGAACACGCCCUCCGGUUUCUCUCAUCCCAUAUCAUCAACAACCACGUUCCUCCUCUGUAUUCAGUGGGGAGACAUGAGAGUGGCCGGCUGGCGCGGUCUAGGACAGUGAAAAUUCCACAACGAGACGUUUCGAAGGAGCAGGCAGCAAGAUCUGCAUUCUCAAGUUGAAAGCGCAUGUUUCGGUUCUGGGUCGCAAAUCUACAGCCAACACAUACAAGGAUAUCCUAUCCAAGGAGCUGCCUUGUGAAGGCUGGGGGUGCGGGACGAGCUACACAGAUGGGAAAGACAGGAGAAGAGACAGGGGCCGAUGGCAGCAUGGUGUCUAUCGCUGACUACUAUGCAGGCAAGAAUGUGCUGAUCACUGGCGCCACGGGCUUCAUGGGCAAGGUGCUGGUGGAGAAACUGCUGCGGUCCUGUCCAGAGGUCCAAACCCUCUACCUCCUGGUCAGACCCAAGGCUGGACAGUCCAUGCAGGAACGGGUCAGUGACAUGAUGAAGUGCAAGCUGUUUGACCGCGUGAGGGAGGACAACCCAGACUUCCACCAGAAGAUAGUUCCUAUCUGCAGUGAGUUGACACAGCCUGCCCUGGCCAUCAGUCCUGAGGACGUAGAGAGACUGACCUCCUGCGUCAACAUCAUCUUCCACUGUGCUGCCACCAUCCGCUUCGACGAACCCCUCAAACACGCCCUGCAGCUGAAUGUGAUUGCCACGCAGCAGCUCCUGAAUCUGGCCCAGCAGAUGCACCACCUCCAGGCCUUCAUCCACAUCUCCACAGCCUACGCCAACUGCAACCGCAAGCACAUCGACGAGAUCAUCUACCCACCGCCUGUAGAACCCAAGAAGCUCAUCGACUCCCUGGAGUGGAUGGAGGACAGCAUCGUCCGUGACAUCACGCCGCGCCUCAUCGGGGACCGCCCCAACACCUACACCUACACCAAAGCCCUGGCAGAGUGCGUGGUUCAGAAGGAGAGCAGCAAGCUCAGCAUCGGCAUCAUCAGACCCUCCAUAGUGGGAGCCAGCUGGCAGGAGCCUUUCCCUGGUUGGAUCGACAACUUCAAUGGACCAAGCGGAGUCUUCAUCGCUGCGGGGAAGGGCAUCCUGCGCACCAUGAGAGCCAACAAUGAUGCGGUGGCGGACCUCAUCCCUGUGGACGUGGUCAUCAACCUGACCCUGGCCGCUGGCUGGUACACGGCAGUGCACAGACCCAAAGCAGCCCUGGUUUACAACUGCACUACAGGUGGCAUCAACCCUUUCCACUGGGGAGAGAUCGAGCACCAUGUGAUGUCCAGCUUCAAGAGGAACCCUCUGGAGCAGGCUUUCAGAAGGCCCAACGCCAACAUCACCUCCAACUACCUGAUGAACCAGUAUUGGGUCCUGGUCAGCCACAAGUUCCCUGCCCUCAUCUACGACCUCUACCUGAGACUGUCUGGACAGAAGCCCCAGAUGAUGCGUAUCUUCAACCGGCUGCACAAGGCCAUCGGCCUGCUGGAGUACUUCAGCAGUCAGGACUGGGAGUGGAACUCAGAGAACAUGAACAUGCUGAUGAGCCACCUCAGCCCCGAGGACAGGAAGACAUUCAACUUUGACGUGCGUCAGCUGAACUGGCCAGAGUACAUAGAGAACUACUGCAUCGGCACCAAGAAGUACGUUCUGAAUGAAGACAUGUCCGACAUCCCUGCAGCCAGGCAACACCUCAGGAAGCUGAGGAACAUCCGCUACACAUUCAACACUCUACUGCUGGUCUUCAUCUGGAGGGUGUUCAUCGCCCGCUCCCAGAUGGCUAGGAACAUCUGGUACUUUGUGGUCAGCCUCUGCUUCAAGUUCCUCUCUUACUUCAGGGCCUCCAGCACACUCACCAACUGAUGACCAACUGACCAUUGACCAGCUGAACGCCCUGCUCGCCUCCUCAACCAGACCACACCCCUCAGACCUCCAGCAGCAUCCAACCCCACUCCUCAACCAGACCUCACCCCUCAGACCAGCAGCACCCAACCCCACUCCUCAACCAGACCUCACCCCUCAGACCUCCAGCAGCACCCAACCCCACUCCUCAACCAGACCUCACCCCUCAGACCUCCAGCAGCACCCAACCCCACUCCUCAACCAGACCUCACCCCUCAGACCAGCAGCACCCAACCCCACUCCUCACCCAGACCUCACCCCUCAGACCUCCAGCAGCACACAACCCCACUCCUCAAACAGACCUCACUCCUCAGACCUCCAGCAGCACACAACCCCACUCCUCAACCAGACCACAUCCCUCAGACCAGCAGCACACAACCCCACUCCUCAACCAGACCUCACCCCUCAGACCUCCAGUAGCACACAACCCCACUCCUCAACCAGACCCCUCAGACCAGCAGCACACAACCCCACUCCUCAACCAGACCACACCCCUCAGACCAGCAGCACACAACCCCACUCCUCAACCAGACCACACCCCUCAGACCAGCAGCACACAACCCCACUCCUCAACCAGACCACACCCCUCAGACCAGCAGCACACAACCCCACUCCUCAACCAGACCACACCCCUCAGACCUCCAGCGGCACACAACCCCACUCCUCAACCAGACCACACCCCUCAGACCUCCAGCGGCACACAACCCCACUCCUCAACCAGACCACACCACUCAGACCUCCAGCGGCACACAACCCCACUCCUCAACCAGACCACACCCCUCAGACCUCCAGCGGCACACAGCCCCACUCCUCAACCAGACCACACCCCUCAGACCUCCAGCGGCACACAACCCCACUCCUCAACCAGACCACACCCCUCAGACCUCCAGCAGCACCCAACCCCACUCCUCACCCAGACCUCACCCCUCAGACCUCCAGCAGCACCCAACCCCACUCCUCACCCAGACCUCACUCCUCAGACCUCCAGCAGCACAUAACCCCACUCCUCAACCAGACACUGUCCCUUCUGACCCUGUUUUACGUCAUACAGUAAAACCACUAAGUGUUUUUAUUUUCUAACUAUGGCUUUUCUUAAAGCGACAGAUUACAUAUGCAACAAUAAACCCAUUGUAUACUCUCCCCACGUUUUUAUUCAUAGUUUACGUCCUCCCCAACCCAGAUACAAUGUCUUGGAAUAGAGGAUUUUUGAAAUACUAUAUGUCAGGCCUCCACUGAAAGACAAUUUCUGUACAUUGACUCUUAAUGUGUGAAUCCUGAGAUAUCCAUGACCUCUCUUCUUCCAUGGGCGAUGUGUUUUUACCUUGUAUUGGUUUGUACUGACAGAAUAUUUGGGAACCUGUACUCUGUAGCGAGACCAGCUAAGGAUAUCCGAGAGUAACUUCAGUGUUGAUCACAUUAAGGGCUCUAUUCAAUCUGUGAAGUUGAAGCGCUACAGACUCUGCGAUAUAAAUUGAAAAGGUCAUUUCCAAUUGAGCCAAAACAUGCAGCUUUUACCGUGAAUGCAGUCUGCAAAAGCAGGAACAUUCCCCUUGUUUCAAUCAUGCUGUAAAGCUGAACUUAUGUGAUGCGGAUUGAAUGGAGCCCUAAAUCUUGACCACUGAAGACUGCUCCUGUAGUACUACUAACAUCUGACCUGGUUGACGACUACUCAAUAUUGACAUCAGUAUGUUUGACAUAACGCAUAAGACACUUUUUGUUUUACUGUUUGUCCACUUUUUGCCUGUUUUGUACAGCAGUUUAUAUGGAAACUAAGUUUACUAUUUUUUCAUCUUUAUAAAUAAUUGCGUCAAACUAAGGCUUGUCUUAAGUGGUACGGCACAUUCGGAAAGUAUUCAGACCUUGACUUUUUCCAAAUUUUGUUAAAUUACAGCCUUGUUCUAAAAUUGGUUAAAUAAAUGUUUUUCCUCAAUCUACACACAAUACCAAAGCGAAAACAGGUUUAGACAUUUUUGAAAAUGUAUUAAAUAAAAAACAGAAAUACCCUAUUUACAUAAGUAUUCAGACAUUUGCUAUGAGACUCAAAAUUGAGCUCAGGUGCAUCCUGUUUCCCAUGAUCAUCCUUGAGAUGUUUCUACAACAUGGAGUCCACCUGUGGUAAAUUCAAUUGAUUGGACAUGAUUUGGAAAGGCACACAACUGUCUAAAGGUCCCACAGUUGACAGUGCAUGUCAGAGCAAAAACCAAGCCAUGAGGUCGAAGGAAUUGUCCGUAGAGCUCUGAGACGGGAUUGUGUUGAGGCACAGAUCUGGGGAAGGGUACCAAUUGAAGGUCCCCAAGAACACAGUGGCCUCCAUCAUUCUUAAAUGGAAGAAGUUUGGAAGCACCAAAACUCUUCCUAGAUCUGGCUGCCCAGUAAUCGUCACGUCUGGAGGAAACCUGGCACUAUCCCUACGGUGAAGCAUGGUGGUGGCAGCAUUAUGCUGUGGGGAUGUUUUUUAGUGGCAGGGACUGGGAGACUAGUCAGGAUAGAAGGAAAGAGGAAUGGAGAAGUACAGAGAUCCUUGAUGAAAAACCUGCUCCAGAGCGCUCAGAACAUCAGAUUGGGGCCAAGGUUCACCUUCCAACAGGACAACGACCCUAAGCACACAGCCAAGACAAUGCAGGAGUGGCUUUGGGACAAGUCUCUGAAAUGUCCGUGGCCCAGCCAGAGCCCGGACUUGAACCCGAUCAAACAUCUCUGGAGAGACCUGAAAAUAGCUGUGCAGCAACGCUCCCCAUCCAACCUGACAGAGCUUGAUAGGAUCUGCAGAGCAGAAUGGGAGAAGCUUCCCAAAUACAGGUGUGCCAAGCUUGUAGCGUCAUACCCAAGAAGGCUGUAAUCGCUGCCAAAGGUGCUUCAACAAAGUACUGAGUAAAGGGUCUGAAUAUUUAUGUAAAUGUGAUACUUCAGUUUUUAUAAAUUUGCUCAAAUUUAUAAAGACCUGUUUUUGCUUUGUCAUUAUGGGGUAGUGUGUGUAGUUUAAUCAAUUUAAGAACAAGGCUGUAAUGUAACAAAGUGUGGAAAAAGUCAAGGGGUCUGAAUACUUUCCGAAUGCACUGUAGAUGGUGACAGUAUCAUAUAUAAACAAGUUUAGAAGAUGUGUAAAUAGUUCUAUAUUAUUUUUCUAGUCGACUUAAACGAGUAGUAUUCUUGAGGGUUGAUUCUGCAGGAGUCUGACUCUACCACAGAGCUCCCCAGACUAGAUCUGAAGUGUUACUUGUGGCAGACAGCAGCAGUCCAUUUUUUAAUGAGAUGAUACAUCUAUAUACAGUAUCAAUGGUAGAAGUCUUGACUAAAUGUACCUCAAAUCCUCCCUCUGGAAAAACAUGUUUCUAUGUGAGCCAGUAAUGCUCUGCAACAAUAGUGACCGUCCUUUCCUAAAUUCAGUAAGGGACUAUGAACCAAAUGCAUGCCCAACACAGAAAAUGGCUUUUCCUCUACAAUGAAGUUGAACAAAAUGUCUUGCUUUUUAUGGAUCUUGGCAUCUGUCAUGUUGAUAACAAAGCAGUGUCUUUGUUAUGAUACAUAGUGGAAGCAGGGCACUGUGGGUAGAUCAGAAAAGGUAGAUCAGUGCUAACUGGGCAGUGUUCUGUGAACUGCAACACUUACGACUUUGUUUAUUUUGUUGAAUUUUCCUUUUUCAAAUGUAAUUGGCAAAUGUUAAAUGACCCUCUAUUCCUGCUCUGAAAACACAAAGUUUGUUUGGCAAAACAUAAAUAAACCAAAAGACAAAUUGG